AUGUCCUCCGAUCUCCAACCCAUUACCCUCCUGGGCAAGUCCGGCCCUAAUCCCCUCAAAGUCGAGAUUCUCCUCCGCGAACUCAACAUUUCGUACACUGUCAAUCCCGUCCCGUUCUCCGAGAUCAAGCAACCUGAGUACCUGGCGGUGAACCCCAACGGCCGACUCCCUUCGAUCCAGGACGCAAACACGGGUCUCACGCUCUGGGAGUCUGGUGCUAUAUUUGAGUACCUGAUCGAAAAAUACGACAAGGAGCAUCGACUCAGUUUCCAGCCAGGAACGCCCGAGUUCUACCACGCAAAGCAAUGGCUUUAUUUCCAAACCACGGGCCAAGGCCCCUACUAUGGCCAGAUGACUUGGUUCAAGAAGUUUCAUGCGGAGAAGGUUCCCAGUGCUGAGGAGAGAUAUAUCAAUGAGAUCAAGCGCGUGACUGGCGUGCUGGAGAGUCAUCUGGAGAAGCAGCGGGAGAAGUUCGGUGAUGACGGGGUCUGGUUGGUUGGUGGGAAAUUGUCUUUUGCUGAUUUGGCAUUCAUCCCGUGGCAGAGGAUGACGGUUAUGUUUCUGGCCAAGGAGGAGUUUGAUGAUGAGGAGUUUCCCAUUGUCAAGGGGUGGAUGAAGAGGAUGGUGGACAGGGAGCUUGUGAAGAAGACGAUGGAGGAAAACAAGUUCUUGUAA